UCUCAGCUCACCCUUUGGGUGAUCAACCGUCCUGUGGGAGCAGAGUUAUCCUUGAAAAAGUCUUCCAAGUUGACUUUUCUUCUCCUUUAUUAACUUUUGGGUGUGUGUAACAUGUCCAUGUUUCCGGAUCUUCCCGUACUCCCUGCUGAUGAUCAGAAGCUUUUUGUGAGUAAGAAAGAGCCUCCUGUGAAGCAGGAGUGGAGUCCCACCCUGGAUCAGGAGGACACUAAGCCCCCACACCUGAAACAGGAACAGGAGAAACAGUUGAUCAGUGAGGAUGGAAAGCAGCUUCAAGGACAGGCGGAGGCUGAUAUCAAGUUCCCUCCUUUUCCUUCAGAGACUGUACAUGAUGACGAGAAACCUCAGUCCUUGCAGCUUCAUCAAAUAAAAAUUGAACAGAUGGAAACAGGAGCUAAUGGAGAGGACUGUGGAAAAUUACAAGGGUCAAGGAGCUCAGAUGCAGAGAAAUAUCCAGAGAUUGAGGUCAAGAUUGAAGAAUCUUCUGAACUAGAGGAUGAAGACUGUAAUAAACUGAAGUGCUGCCCUAAAUGUGGCAAGGGAUUCAAAUAUACAGGCCAUCUGACAGGUCACAUGAGAAUUCACACAGGAGAGAAACCCUUCAGUUGCCCUGAGUGUGGCAAAAGUUUUAGAUAUUCAAGUCAUCUGAAAGUUCACUUGAGAACUCACACAGGAGAGAAACCCUUCAGCUGCCCUGAGUGUGGCAAAAGUUACAGCCAUAAAAGUAAUCUGACAGAUCAUGUGAAGACUCACACAGGAGAGAAAAACUUUGGCUGCUCUGAGUGUGGUAAAAAAUUUCAGUUUCGACGUACUCUGACAAUACACCAGAGAAUUCACACAGGAGAUAAACCUUUCAGUUGCCCUAUGUGUGGUAAAAAAUUUACCCGCAAGGAAGACUUGACCCAACAUAUGUUUGUUCACACAGAGGAAAAACAAUUUGGUUGCUCUGUGUGUGGUAAAAAAUUUCAGUUUAAACGACAUAUGAAGCAACAUGAGAAAAGUCACAUGGUAGAGAAACACUUCAGCUGCUGUGAGUGUGGUAAAGGUUUUAGUCGUAAAGAAAGUCUGUCCCAACAUAUCCGGAUUCAUACAGGUGAGAAACCCUUUAGUUGCUCUCAGUGCGGUAAAGGAUUUGCACAUAGAGGUGCUAUAGCCCAACACAUGUUAAUCCACAAUAGAGAAAAACACUUAAAUUGCUCCAAGUGUGGUAAAGGAUUUACGUGUCAAGAAACACUUAUUCGACACAUGUGCUCAUAAAACGAAGAGACUCAUCAGCUGAUCUCUGUGUCAGAGGGAUUGGUCAUAGACGGAAUUUGAAAAAAAUAUCAGGCAGGUUGGGGGUUUUGGAUAUAUACAUGGAAAGCAACUCAAUUCCCUGGUCUUAAUAGGUAACUGGACUUCUCUCCUUUGUGUUGCUUAUCUUGUUGUCCAUAGUUUUAAAGGCUUCUUAGAGCAUUCAUCUGUCACUAUUUUCAUAUUAUUGUAUUUAAUCUACUUUGGUAUUGUGUAGUUUUUGCUGCUUGCUUCACAUUUUUUGAGGUAUAACUUUUUUGCUUUAUCGUGAAUUACUAAUGAUCAUGUAACCUGUGGAGAAACUUCAACCUCCUGAGACCCUGCAUGUACAAAUCAGGAGGUUACAUUUUGUCUUUCCUACGACAAAGUGGUAAUUCCUGCUAUUAGAUUUUUUUUUAGAUAAUUGUCUAAAA